AUGCCUUCUCGGUUAUCCACCCCCGUCCUGACCGUGGACACGGCCAAGAUCCACAAGGUCGACACGGCGAACACUCAGAGUCUUCAUGGCAUGUGGAUGGUAUUUUCCAAAUGUGCCGACUAUAUGGAAGAGGGACGUCGGUUGGAAAAUUUGAGCUGGCGACUAUGGACUCGCGAGACGUUUUGUGUCGAGCCGGAAACGUCCAGUGAUACCUCGGUUCUGCCGCUUCUCCGUUCAGAGGAAGGGGAUUUGCCCGAACUGUCGGCCAGUGUCGAAUCUGCCGCCUCCGAUCAGGCGGAGAGAAUCGAGAGCCACAUCAAGCGUCCCAAAUGCGACUACAAACCCGCCGUUGUUCGGGAGGACUCGCUCGUUAACCUCGGCCGAGGAAAGGAGAAGCAUAUCACCUCUCUCGGCUUGGAGCGGAUGGUACUGAACAUCAAGGAAAAGAAGAACCUGGAGCCGCUCUCGACCGCCAUGACGGCCGUCUCUCCCCCCGUUGUCGACAUCACUCCCCGCCCGUCGACUCCCACUCCCACCCCUCCGUCCGUGUCCACGGUCAGGCGAACGCCACCGACAUACCCCAUGAGUCAACAAAAGAAUGAGUCGACCGAGUCUUGCUCGACUACCGCCCCCGAGGGCUGCGAUAGCGAUGCCGCCAACCCGGCUGCCUCCGACACGAGUGUUUCGUCGUCCGGCAUUCUACCGUCGCGUCCCGAUUUAGUCAAAUCUCCUAGUGUUAUCCGUGGCUUUUCCCCUUCGCUCAUCUCUUCGUCCUAUCGGUCGCAGGCACGACUGGCUGCGGAACCUAGCCCCGCCAAACCACCCACACAUCUGAAACCGUCGCCGUUCAAGAAGAAGGGCGGCAUGUUUACUCUGGGCGGGUCUUCCGGCGAUGAUGACGAAAGCUCGUUUGAGGACCGUAUGGCUAUUCAGAGAUCGCCCCAGCGCAGCUCGCUCUCCGACGAACUCGGCAAGUCAGCGUUGGCAAAGUCGGCGUUGGGCAAGACCAACAACGAUGCCAGUGGGAAGAAAAAGAAGACGUCCUUCAAAGACCAAGUGAAUGUCAAGCCGAUCAAGGAGCGCGGUGACAUGGACGAGGAUGCUAUUGAGACGGAGGACGAAGUCUCUGAGAGCGCCAUUGAGGAUGAUGAGGAUUCUGACUGGGAGGAUUCCGUGACCGAGAGCGGUCGCUCGAGUAUCGCCGAAGAGCGUGGCAUGUUCCAGCGGGUGGAUUCCCGGCCGAACCUGGUUUCCCGCCGCUCUCUCCUCACCAUGAUGAUGCACCAGCCCAUCAAGAUGAUGCAGGGUCCGACACGAUCCAGCCCAGCCUUGCAACGCGCGCGUUUGACAUCACCUAAUGGACCGUCUAUCCCCGCUUCCCCCCCGGAGCAUGACGGUGAGAACCUGAUGAUGCGGGGCCCCGAUGUACCUCGGUCGAAUCCGAUUGGAAUGAAGACUGCGCCGCAGUCCGUGGCGCACUCUCCCCGGACGACGAGGCGCAACAUGCUUGCGACCGAACUCACCGAGUCUCUCCGCCGUCAUCUGCUCUGGGAGCGCCAGCAGAAGAGCGCCACUGCCAAUGCGGUUAUGAAACGUCGACACACUGCACAUGACGUGGCGAACCUGAAACAAUAUCCGGGACCAAGAGGAGCCGGCCCUGGCGCCUCUAACCAGAGCGCGGACAAGGACACCAAGAUGGGAUCCUUCAACAACUACACCGACUUUGGGCCCUGGGAAUAUCAUGCGAAGGGGUGGUAG